CAGAUUCUAAAGGCUAGGAGAACAUGGUCGAUGACAAGCUCUGGAAUGAAGACACGACGAGAAGGCGCUCAAGUGAUGAAAAUGAUCGAGUUGCCGUUGGCCAUCAUCAACACCACAAGGAUCUCACUUCAUAAAGAUAAAGUCUUUUCACGAGCAUAACUCAAGGGGGAGCUUAUGUUAAGGGGGAGUUUGUCAACACACUGCCUACAUGAUACGGGUAGUUUGUUGAUACACUCUCUGCUUUCAAGACGUGAAGACUUUGAAGAUCCUCCGACAUUGAAGACUUGAAAGGACAUCAGAGUUUUGGUAACUCGAAGACCAAAGACCAUCGAAGUUCGAGACGAGUCUACAACUAUAGAAGAUAAAGACAAAGCUACAGCCAAGGGGGAGUUUGUUGGUGCACUUGUGUCUGUACUUUGUCUGUAUUCGGUCUGUAUAUGAACGAUGUCCUUGGUAGUCUGUAAGUUGACCAAGUCAACCAUCCUCCGGAUUGACUUGGCCAACAGUUAACAUAUGUUUGAUAUGUUUGUCUGCAUCGAAGGAUAGCCUCGAAGGAUAUUGUUGAUCCUUCGAGGUGCUCGAAAGAUAGGCUUCGAAUGAUAGACCUCGAAAGGUGAUCUUUCGAGGUCAAUGCUGAUCCUUCGAUUACCUUGUCCUCGAUAGAUGAUCCUUCGGACCAUCUAUCGGAUCCUUCGACCAGACAUGAUGGGCUGGGUAUAUAUAUACCCAUGCAGUGUAGUGUGAAAGUGGAGAUGCACACUUAGAAAGACAGACAUUCUGUGGAGAGCAUUCUGUCCAAAACUCACACACACACUUAGAGAGUUUAUAGAACAUUUCUGUAAACAUUGAGCUUGUAACCGAACCCUCAUUGCAUUAAUACAAGUUGUGUUAAUCGGUGAACUUGUGUGUUUGUUUCUCUACUUGCUACUAACUCGGUUUGCUUGCUAGCUUGGAUUCCGCACUCGCUAGUAGGUUUGUAUAACAAGGUUUAGGUUCGUUAUCCUCCGUGAAAAAGGGACCUACACUUGUCACUUUUAAGUAUAGUAACAUUAGGUGGAAAUAGUUUGGAAGGCACUAUACCCUCGACUAUUGGGAGCUGGAAAAAAGUUAUAGGUUUGGACGUUCAUGGGAAUAAACUAAGCGGGAGUGUUCCCAAAGAACUAUUCCAACUGUCUUCACUUUCCAUAUCAUUACUUCUAAGUCAAAACAAUCUAUCUGGAGUGCUUCCACAAGAGAUUGGCAAUCUGAAACUCUUAGGAAUACUUGAUUUUUCUAUGAAUCGUUUCACUGGUGAACUUCCAAGUAGUUUAAGCAGCUGCAUUAGUCUUGAAGCCCUAGAUCUUUCUAGUAAUCUCUUUUAUGGAUCAAUGCCAGAAACAUUUAGUUCACUGAAAGCGCUCGAAUAUGUUGACUUGUCCCGCAAUAACCUUUCUGGACACAUUUCAACGUAUUUGCAACAAAUUCCCUUGAAGCAUCUAAAUCUUUCGUAUAAUAACUUUGAGGGUGAGGUACCUGUUAAAGGUGUUUUCGCCAACACAAGUGCAGUAUCCGUCAUUGGGAACACCAGACUUUGCGGGGGACUACCUGAGCUUCACCUACCCAAAUGCACAAGCACAAGUAGCGAUUCCAAAAGACAACCUCGAAAGCUUUCUGUUCGUGUUAUUGUAGCUAUUUCACUAUCUUCCACCAUUGCAGGUUUAGCUCUCUUGUCCUUUGUCUUGUUUUAUUGUUGUAUAAAAAAGAAGAGAGACAAACCAUCAGAAGCAAGAUUGGCUGAAUCUUUUGAAAAGAUAUCAUAUGGAAGACUUUUCAAAGCGACAAAAGGGUUCUCUGAAGAAAAUCUGAUUGGUACAGGUAGUUUCUCUUCGGUUUACAAAGGAGUUUUUGAUGAAAAUGGCUUCACUGUGGCAAUCAAAGUACUAAACCUUCUACGCCAAGGAGGUUUUAAGAGCUUUAUGGCUGAGUGUGAGGCCUUGAGAAACAUUCGUCACCGCAACCUGGUGAAGGUCAUAACGGCUUGCUCAAGUAUCGAUUUCCAAGGCAAUGAUUUCAAAGCUUUGGUGUACGAUUUCAUGCCUAAUGGGAAUCUGGAGAGCUGGUUGCAUUCUGUAGAUCAUACCUUAGAUCUUGUUCAAAGAAUCGGUAUCAUCAAGGAUGUGGCAUGUGCUCUUGAUUAUCUCCAUUGUCGUUGUGGAAAUCUUAUUGUUCAUUGUGAUUUGAAGCCGAGCAACAUAUUAUUGGAUGUUGAUAUGGUUGCUCAUGUUGGAGAUUUUGGUCUUGCGAAAAUACUUUCCCUUGAAGAAGGUUCUUAUGCAAAUGCGAGUAGCUCAAGUAUCAUCAGAGGAACCAUUGGGUAUGCACCUCCAGAAUAUGGGCUUGGAAAUGAAGUUUCAACAAGCGGGGACAUGUAUAGCUAUGGGAUCCUAUUGUUAGAGAUGUUGACAGGGAAAAAACCUGUUGAUCCAAUGUUUGACGGAGGGCUAGGCCUGCAUUCCUAUGCUAGGAGGGCCUUGGCUGAUGGUUGUGUGCUUCAGAUUGUGGAUCCACUUCUAAGUGAGGAUGUCAAUGAAAAUUGUUUAAUUUCAUUGGUAAAAGUUGGUGUGCAAUGCUCUAACGAGUCUCCACAAGAUCGAAUGGAUAUUGGGACUGUUAUUCAUGAGCUCUUCGGGACAAAAUUUGCAAGUAGAUCUUGACUUGUUAAAUACCCACUACGCAAAUGGUGCCACCCAAAAAGCAAGCUAGUUUGUUGUUUAAUAAACAAGUACUUGCUCUCAUCCAUCUGAAUCAAUAAACGAGUUAUAAUGUUUCUUUUAUUUAUUUAUUUAUUUUUUUUUGCAAA